AUGCGUCCUUCUCAUCGAUCGAUUGGCAAUGCAAAGGAUUCACUUUCACCAGCCAAUGCAACGUUCUACUUUCUAUCUGGCAUGGCAGCAGUCUUCAUGGCCUAUUCGAUCUAUUCCAAUGUCAAGUCUUUCAGAGAACGCAAUGCAGUUUACACAAGUCGACGUAAACGAGAAGUUAUGCGACAAGAAGCCAACAAGCGUGUAGAAGAUUCUAUACCUUUGAAGUCGUUGGCGUUAUUGACCCAAUCCUCCAAUGCCAGUAUACAAAGCGGUGCCGUGAAAAUCGUUUUGGAUCGAGCAAUGUCUGAAACCUAUCUCCCUGUCAUUGUUCAAGCUUGCAAAAAGGAGAGUCCAUUGGAUACACGAGAAAAGGCCGUUUCAUCAUUGCAUUUAUUGACCAGGCGAGAUAGUAACAGGCCUGCACUUUUGGCAGCUGGUGUCUUGGACAUUCUUGUUGAAACCCUAAAGGAUACCGAACCACCCAUGAGUGAAUCAGCACAGCGUUAUGCAGCAGUAGCUAUAUGUGAUUUGAUCCAAGGCAGUGAUGGGUGCAAGUGCUACAUUGUAGAGCUUGAGAUUUUGGAUUCCAUCAAACGCAUAUUGACAUCCACCACGAUCCGCAACAAUGAAUUACGAUAUUGGACAUUGAUGAUACUCUAUCAAAUCACACGCACAGAGCCAUUUCCCAAAAUCUUGAUCCAAGAAGGCUUUGUGGCAGUGCUCGCUCAAAUGGCUCGAAUGACCUAUGGAAACACCAACAUGCCCAAGUUUUGCAUCCAAAGCCUUGUACGCAUCGUAUCAAAUGUGGAGGUGGGAGAGGCCAAGAGCAUCUUGGAAGAGCUAUUGGACUACAAAAUUAUCGACCUUAUCUCAAUUUCGCUGCGAGCUGGUAAGUUAAUCUAUAGCGAAUCCAGCAGCAUGGUAUCUAACAUGUCAAACAAAGAGGACCUUGAACUAGUUUACUGGGCAGCUGGUCUUAUGCAUGAAUUCGUUGUCAAAGAUGUUGCUCUCCAGUCUUUUCGUGAAAUCAGGGGUCUCCAUUCUAUAUUAAACGCAUUGCUGGGAGCUGAGGAGAUAUACAUUUCUCGUGUUGUGCUACGAACGAUAAAGUAUAUGGCGUAUGGGCAAGCUGCAGAAAGGUUUCGGCGAGAAAUGAUCGAUUCUGGAAUGGUGCAAAAGAUUAUGCGAAGCUUGACAUUGGAUGAUGAUGAUGUGCGGUAUUGGAGCGUGCUUUGCAUCAAUACUGUUGCUGCUCAAGUUGAAUCGCAUCAAGAUAUCAUUGGUUCCAAUGAAUUCAAGCUUUUCCUGGAAUUGACCGUGUCUCGUAAGGUGCAUGUGGCUAUCUUCUCUUCCGAGAUCCUAUCAUUGAUUUGUUGUAUAACUAGCAAUUGUACUCUUUUGGAGCCGUAUGUGGAUGAAGUUGUCUCAUCUCUAAACAACUUGUUGUCUUACGAUGAACUCGAUGUACAAUAUAACGCUGCUGGUGCUGUAUUCAAUUUGAUGUCGAUGCGAGAUGAUUUUGCCUGCCAUGUCAAAGACCAAUGUCAAGACACGUUGAUUUCCAUGUGCGUGGCAUCAACUCAUGAACGUGUUCAACUCACAUGUGCAAAGGCGCUGAUGAUGAUGACGAUAAAAUUCCCUUCCAUCACAUCACGUGUCAUCUAUCAAGUGAUCAAGCCUCUCAUCAACACUAGCAUUGAGAUCUCUCGACACGCUCUUCCUAUUGUUCUGAUACAAACGGUGUUAGCUACCUCUGGACAUCAUGGCGAUACGGCUCGACACCAGCGUAAACAACGAGUCGGCAACAACAUUACAAUCAGCAGCAAUAUCCCCAUUGACGAAAAUGAAUCAUAUCAAUCGGAUUCUUCAUCCUCAUCCUCAGCAACAGAUGAAAGCAACAUGACAUCUCUUUUUAUGAAAUUUGAGCUUCCCAUUGGUGCACGUAUCCAAUUUGUUGGUGCAUUGAGUGCCUUGCGCAUUUUAUUGGAGAACCGUGAUGUAUUUGGAAAUGUUGUCAGUGGAACGGAAGAUGAAGCAUUGCUCGCUGAUAUGACCAAGAUGGAUGAUAUUUUGGAAGACGGCACUUUACGCAAUUACGAUGUCAAGACACGCCAUUCCACACGAUUAGCCGACUUGAAUGAAGUGAUGACCGAUAAUGUACCCAAUGAAUACAUUCCAUCAGCACCAGCACCAGCACCACCCCUGCCGUCAAUGACAUCCAGUGAUACGUUGCCUGAUUCGGUUCGACGCUUAGCAGAGUCUUUGAUGAUGUUGGCUCUUCAUCCAGUCUUGAACGCUUGGGGUGCACAACGGCCUGACAUUCAGCUGGAUAAUGCUGCCAUGCAAGAGGAAGCUGCUCGUGAAUGGUAUUACGACGUAAUUGCCUGGUUGCAACAAUCAACAGCUGUUGUUACCUCUCGACAAGCACCAUCACAAUCACAAAGAUCAUCUACACGGCCCAAGACAUACGCACCAAGUGACUCAUCCGAUGACAGUGAAAUUGAAUAUGACGAAGAUGAGGAUGGAGAUGGACAACCUUUCAUCAUGACGAAGAAGGUUGAAUCGGCAGCGGAACGUCUAGGAGAAACUCGACGCAAAGGGGAAGAGCAUGAUUCUACCAUAGUGGAUGAGGUGAUGGCUGCUGGUCAGCCUUUGCAUUUUGCCAAGCUAUACUCGGGGUUUGCAAGUCGUGCAUGGAUGCUACUUCGAUCCCUUGUUCGUUAUGGGUCCAUACGUCACUUUUUAGUGCAUGAAAUGAACAUCGUGGAAGCCAUGAUUUACAUUUUCCAAAAUUGCCGUCCUUUAUCCGACCACGUCUUGACGUGCUUAGGCACCAUGAUUUGUGCAGAUCCAGCAUGCAUGAUUCCAAAGUCAGCAGUGCAAGUAAUGGCAAUCUCGAUAUGGAGAAGUGCUCAAGUUCCAAUGACACAAAAGCGGUCUUUCCAUUUCUAUGCUCGCCUUAUCCUUACAUUUGCAACGCGAUGUAUCAGCCCAGAUUCAGCAUGCGAUAAUCAUCCAGCAUUUGUUGAAAUUGAUCUUCACCGACGAUCCAAAUAUUGUUUGCUCAACUAUGAAACUCGGCUUGAGGCACGUAACGAUUCUUGGACAUUCGAGACUGUACGUGCUACGCAUCAUACACCUCCUCGUGAUUCCGAACAAUGGUCACUUUCUCCCACACACAAGUAUGCAUUCGAAGCUGUAUUGGCCACCGAAGGGUUGAUGCAAGUUGGCUGGGUAUCUGAAGAUUUUGGCAUUGAUCCAGAAGGUGGUACUGGUGUCGGUGAUGAUGCUUUCUCAUAUGGAUAUGAUGGGUGUCGAGUGAAAAAAUGGCAUAAGCAGGAUCAGAAUAGGAGGAAGAGCUAUGGUCAAAGAUGGGCUGUCGGCGACACCAUCACCUGCUGUUUGGAUUUGGAUCAAGGAGAGAUGCGAUAUUAUCAAAAUGGGCAGGAUCUUGGCGUGGCAUUUACGGAUGUAGAUACGAGCAAAGUCUGGUACCCGGCUAUAUCAUUGUCCACAGGUCAAGAAAGUCGUUUCCGAUUUGGUGGAGCUCUCGAUAAACUAAGGUUCCUCCCAGAAGGUUAUACACCCUUAUCGCAAUUGGCAUUACCCCCUAUAUCCAUUGAGCUACCGCCACCUCAAGUGAGACGACGACAUACUAUUGAAUCCGAAAAGAGUGAUGAAGUUGAUCGUUUGACGUGUGCCAUGGAACAAAUGACAUUCGAUGUUACACCGCAUGAAAUGGAUGGCUCUGAGGAACCCAGCUUACGCCCAAUCCGUGUUGGCAAAUUCGAAGAUGAUGUACCUCCAACAACAACACAACCCAUGCGAAUCCUUAAUUCACGAGCUGUGAGUCGUGACGACCAAUCCAUUCUUCCUUCACUCUAUUUCGAGAUGGCCAUUGCCUAUUACGACAAGAAGCUUACCAACGAUGACGAGUUGGAUGGGACCAUUGUUGUGGGUAUGCAGAGUUUGCAUGAAGAUAGCCACGUGCGAUUGGAAUAUCGGCAUUUGGAUAAACAAGCUACGGUGUUGCAAGGAACGACAGCUCAAACAGAAUCAUUUGCCAUGGAUAUAGCUGAUGGUGAUGUUGUUGGUAUGCUCUAUAUACAAGAACGCAAUGCCAUAUAUAUCACUCUCAAUGGAUCAAUUACUGUGAUUGUGGAUCUGCUCCCAGCUUCUGAAGGCGGCGACCAUUUCUUACCUUUCUUGCCUUAUCGCUCAGGUGAUGUCAAGACACAUGUCAACUACGGUGACGAACUAUUUCGAUGGCAACGAGCCAAUUCAAUGAGUGCAAAGGAAAAGAUGCGUCGAUAUCUGGGACAAUUGCUUUCAUAG